ACACACACGCACACACACACACAUACACAUAUCCCUGGCAUUGGAAACAGAUCCCGCGUUUCCCACCCUUUUCAUCGACUCAACAUAGCAUCUGGCCAUGUCUGUCGAACUUCUGGACACCCUUAUGGGACAUGAGGACCGCGUCUGGCACGCCGCAUGGAGUGCGUGUGGGCGCUGGCUGGCCACUUGUGGUGGUGAUCGCACCAUCCGCAUUUGGGCCCCGCUGAUCCCCCGGCCGCGCACGGUCACCCAGAUGGUGGAUGGGGUCAUGACCAAACAGGUCCAUGAGGCGCCUCCCCCCUCGCUGGAGCGGUGGUCCUGCGUCGCGCGUUUGAAGACACACCUCCACCAGCGGACCGUGCGCGCGGUCGCGUGGCGCCAUUGUGGCCGGUUCUUGGUGUCGGUAGCCUUCGACGCCAGCAUGGUCCUAUGGCAGCGCACGUCUGACACGAGCAACGAGUGGACUCCGGUCAUCGAGAUCGAGCAGGAGGGCCAUGGUGCCGAGAUCAAGAGUGUCGCCUGGUCGCCGGACGGCAGCUUCUUGGCCACGUGUAGCCGCGAUAAGCGUGUCAUCGUUUGGGCCUUCUGUGAGAAUCCCCUGGAGCUGGAGAUCGCCUCGGAUUUGUACGGUCACGGCCAGGACGUCAAGCACGUAGCCUGGGUUGACCUCCCGGCCGAGGGGGAGUCCUCCCAGUGUCUGGUGUCCAGCUCGUACGACGAUACGAUCAUGGUCUGGCGCCUGCGCGGCGACGAUUUCGAGUGCACCGGUGUCCUGAAGGGCCACAAGUCCACCGUCUGGGCCACGGCCGCCCUGUCCGGCUCGCGCAUUGCCUCCGUCAGUGAUGACCUUUCUCUUCGGAUCUGGGAGCCCGCCCCCAGUCAAGACCUUGGCAGCCCGUUCAUUUCGAAACAGACCAUCUCGCAGGCCCACUCGCGGCCAAUUUACUCGGUGUCGCAUUGCGCCCUGCCGGCCGCCAUCCCGUUGGACGCCUUUGUGGCUCGGCAUGCGCCGGGGCAGGUCCCCCCGGCGGAUGUGGUGCGCCUCGGCCCGGCCAUCGAUGCCGCGGCCGUCGGCACCUUGGCCGCGGCUGACGACCCUCCUCAGCACGAGGGCGAGGAUGUGGUCAUGGGUGAUGCCGGGGACACUGGGCCAGUGGCCGAGGCUCCCGGCCCGGCCAGCGCCAUCAUUGGUCUGGUUGCCACCGGGGCCGGUGACAAUGCCGUUGGCCUCUUUGCCGAGAUGGACAACGGGACGGUUGUUCCGCUUCGGCGCCACGGCCGAGCCCACAGCCUGGAGCUGAACUCGGUGGCCUUCCGGCCGCUGCUUCGGCCGGACCUGGCGGCCCGCAUUCCGGGCCUGGUCGACCCGCAGCAGGUUGUCCUGGCCACCGCAUCGGAUGACGGCACGAUCCGCAUCUGGCGAGUGUCCCUCUGAGCGAACGAGAGGCAUGUUCCGCUGGGGGCCGGGCCUCUGCCAUGCCCGCCUUCCUCUUCCCUUUGUAGAAAGCACCCAGCACAGCCGGCCCCCAGGGCCAAGCAAAUGUGUGACUCCCCCCCCCCCCCCCUCC